GCUCUUACCCGCUGAGCCAUCUCACCAGCCCGCUUUCUGAGUUUUGACUACAACUGCCAUGUGUUUUUCUCCUGCAGCCACGAUCCACCGUGAUGAACUGUACUCUCAGAGAAAUGAGAUAAAUCCUUCAAUUUGCCUUUGCAGGUGACAACAGCAUGGCUGCAUCCCAGACUUUCCCACUGGGGCUUAUCCACAAGCCUGCAAGUGCUCUGAUGGAGCCUCUGCCUUGUACGCGAAGCUUGGCUGAGGGCUUCCUGGAGGAGGAGCUUCGGCUCAAUGCUGAGCUGAGCCAGCUGCAGUUCCCAGAGCCUGUGGGCGUCAUCUAUAACCCGGUGGAUUAUGCUUGGGAGCCACACCGGAACUACGUGACUCGCUACUGCCAAGGCCCCAAGGAGGUGCUGUUCUUGGGCAUGAACCCAGGACCUUUUGGCAUGGCCCAAACUGGGGUACCUUUUGGGGAAGUGAAUGUGGUCCGGGACUGGUUGGGCAUUGGAGGCCCUGUGCUGACCCCUCCACAAGAGCACCCCAAGCGACCAGUGUUGGGACUGGAGUGCCCACAGUCAGAGGUGAGCGGAGCCCGAUUCUGGGGCUUUUUCCGGACCCUCUGCGGACAGCCUCAAGUCUUCUUCCGGCAUUGCUUUGUCCACAAUCUGUGUCCUCUACUCUUCUUGGCUCCCAGUGGACGAAACCUUACCCCAGCUGAGCUGCCCGCCAAGCAGCGGGAGCAGCUGCUGUCGAUCUGCGAUGCAGCCCUCUGCCGGCAGGUGCAGCUGCUAGGGGUGCGGCUGGUAGUGGGAGUGGGGCGGCUGGCAGAGCAGCGAGCCCGAAGAGCUCUAGCAGGGCUGACCCCGGAGGUGCAGGUGGAGGGGCUCCUGCAUCCAUCUCCUCGAAGUGCACAGGCCAACAAAGGCUGGGAGGCAGCAGCCCGGGAAAGACUCCAAGAGUUGGGGCUGCUGCCUCUGCUAACGGAUGAGGGUUCAGCCAGGCCUACACAGUAGAGACCCCAGCCAGUGUUGCUGGGCUCCGUGUUGCCUUCAGCCUGCUGGACUGUCCUCUAAUGGCCCAGGGUGGGCAGCUCUCCUGCUGUCUUCCCCUUCCCUUGAGCCUCUCACCCUUUUGUCUCCAGUGUCUGGUCAUGCACGGCAUCAGCAGAGGGUUGGGCCUUUGCACUCCACCUACCACAUCCUUGCCUUGGGAACCCCUGUGUGCAGAGGGUCCUAGGUCGGGAUGUCUGAAGUCAUAUUCACAGUUUUGGAGGAAAGAUGGUUUUUAUUUAAUCUUUCCUGUUUUGCUUUUUAUUGGCAUCAUGUUUGGCAUUGUGUCAUGUACACUAGAAAUGUUCUCUAAUGCUGAUCUACCUCAGCCUUUUUUUGACACUAACUACAUACUAGUGGGGUUCAGUGUGAUGUCUCCACACAGGCAUUCAGUGUACACUGAUGGAGUCCAACCUCCUUUUCUUGGUCCUCUUCCCCAGUCAGUGCACAGUCUUUCCAGGAUCACUGCUCAUCCUUACAGAUCAUCUGUCACACUCCUGUAAUCCCAGCACUCAGAGGCAGGAAGAUCAGGAGUUCGAGGCCACCUUCAGCUACAUAUUGAGUUCAAGGCCAGCCUGGAACACAUUAGUCUCUGUCUCAAAAAUAAGUAAGUAAAUAAGUAAUAAAAAAGUGAACUUCUUCAGGGAGACCAGAGCUGUAUCUGAGCGAGACUUCUGUGUGUCUAGACUAGGAAAGAUCUAGAUUUUCAUCUCUCCCCUUUCUUUGCUCCCUAUAAGGCCUAUGAACUUUAAAAAAAAAAAAUGUAUUUAUUUAUUUUGGUUUUUCGAGACAGGGUUUCUCUGUGUUGCCCUUACUGUCCUGGAACUCACUUUGUAGACCAGAUUGGCCUCAAACUCAGAGAAUUUAUAUUAAAAAAAAAAUCCUCUGUUUUGUUUCUGUUAAUGUUGUCUAUCUGUUUUUAAAUUUCGAAACAAGGUCUCAUUGUGUUGGCCUGUAACUCACGUAGACCAGCUCCACUUUGACCUCACAAGAAAUCUGCCUACCUCUGCCUCCUGAGCGCUGGGAUUAAAAGGAUGCGCUGCCCUGCUCAACCUGCUUAUGAGCAACCUCUCUAAGCACCAAGAUCCUUUUUUAAAAAAGGGGGGGGGGGUGCUGCCUCCUGGCACUGGUGUGAGGGGUGAGAAUCAACUGAGAUAACACUGCAGAGUGCUUUGCAAAAAGCUGGCAUAUGGUCCUCACUACACACUCUUUCUGCUCACCUCCCUUUGAGGUGGGGUGUAUCAAUGCACUACAAGGGAAUUCCCCGUCCACUCUGAAGACCUUUGCCUAUAACCCCGCUCGCUGGAGAACGACCAAUGUUACGAGAAACUUAGCCUCUGACUUUUCAGACUAAGCAUUAAAGACCCCUAAGCCUUGUGUUGGUUCUUUCCCCUCUUCCUGCAUUUCAUUGGAGGGAGAAUGAUUUUAGGUUAUCUCCUCCCUUUUCUUACCUAUUCACUGUCUGCAAAAACUUUUCUCAGGAAGCUUGAGGAGGGGUGACAGAGACCUCUGAUUGCCCUAGCCAAGCUGCAGGGGGUUUGGUAGGGGCCUGUCCUGAAGAUCAUCAGGUACUUGGGUACUGUUGGGAACAAUGGGGAGCGGGUGUCUCAUCUGCCUCUUUAAUGGUUGGUUGGAUGGAUCCGUGGUAAGGGCUGGAAAGUGAGCCACAGUGAGGGCAGGCCUUGGGGCCAUCUUAGUGAAGACAUGUGGUCUCCUAUCUCCUGGCAUACAAGUCGUCUCCAGCAUUCUAAAAAUUAGUGUAUUUCUAUCUCAGCUCCAGAGAGGGAGAUUAAAUCUUCGAGGAUUCCCCAGUGAUAGAAGUGUUGUAAUUAUUCAUGUUGGGGCCUCAGAGCAUUCCAGGAUUUGUUGAGCCUUGACUCAGGAUGGAGGCCAACCCUCCAGAAAGGCCAGCCGUAUGCAUUGAGGGUUGGGGCUCAGCCUGAAUGCCAAAAUGGGACAAGGAUAGAGAUUGAGUUCAGCUACAUAGCCUAUGAUCUCAACUUGUUAUUCCUCUGUAGUGACCCUGACCAGCUCUCUUGGACACUGAGUUUCUGCUAAGCUUGCUGGCUGGUGAACACAUGUAUAUGUGUGUUUCUUUAUGGGUAUUUGGUGCUGGUUUGUGUAUUCAUUCAUUCAUAUGCCCUGUGUGUCAUUUUGGAGUUCUGGGUAUUGAACCCAGGACUUUGUGGAUGGGAAGCAUGCACUAUUCUAUCACGGAGCUACAUCCUUUGAUUUGUAUUUGUGAUAAGUUGUAAUAAAUAAAUAAACACAGUGUUUUUCCCCCCCUGA